AAUACACGCUGCAGUAUGAAUUUUGUCCUGGCAUGUUUGAUGCUGCAGGCCUGCUUGCAACUGAUUGCUGACAGCAAAAGUGAUAUCCAACAGAAAGAUGAUUCAAGCAUUGUCCCUUGGCUUCUGAGCUUUAAGCGUGGAACAGCUCUGGAAGAACAGGGAAAUAAAAUAGUGAUCAAAGAAACAGGAUAUUUUUUCAUAUAUGGCCAGGUUUUAUAUACUGAUACAACAUUUGCGAUGGGACAUCUAAUACAGAGGAAGAAAGCCCACGUGUUUGGUGAUGAUCUCAGCUUGGUGACAUUAUUUCGUUGCAUCCAAAAUAUGCCACAGUCUUAUCCGAAUAAUUCUUGCUAUACUGCUGGUAAACAUCUAAUUUUUUUCUUUUUGUUGUUUGCAAGUAGGCUGUAUUAAAUGGAAGCUGCAGUGGUGGGUGAUUAAGGACUGUGGGAGUUAUAAAGAAAAUGAACCACAUUCACGGAGCCAGUCAAUUGCGGAACUGCAGAAUACUUUUGAAUAGUAUGGUCUUAUAUAAAGCCUCAACAGUUGGUCUGUAUGCAUGUAAUUACAUGAUCUCAGCAAUUCCCUUCUCUCCAUCAACCUUAUAAAAUGAUUCGAUAUGUUGGUGCCUUCACGCCUGAAUGCCUGAAGCAGACAAAAGGAGUACAUGCUGUCCUAGAAGAAAACUUCUAGGAGCUUAACUUAGGUAUUCAAUUCUUCAUUUGAGUGUGCAAGUAAAAUAUCUAGGAGUACAUUUGGAUUUUAGCCACCCAAUUUUUACACACUUGGCUUUUCAAGAAUGUUCACUAUCCACUUAAAUCUGUACUCCUAAUAAUGACUACUGCCGUUUUAUUAUUUGGUUAGAUGAAAAAGAGUUUAUUUCUAUAAAGAGAUUUUUGACUGCCCUCGUCAGAAACACCACAAAAGAAGACCCAUUGAAAUAUUUAAUGCAAGUCCAGUAGGCUCAGUGCUUAACAUGUAUGUAUUUUCCUGCUGUAGCAUUUCAGGAAUUAUUGUCUAGGCCUAUAGAACCACAUUCAGUAGCUCUUAUCUGUGUGCCUUUCUUCUUUGCUCAGGGAUUUGGGGAUUUUCAGCUUUGUUAUUUUCUAGUAAGGUCUCUGUGAAUAAAAGCCAUCUUUUUCUUCAA